AUAUUACGUUUUAUGCCUUAAAAAGGUAGUAAUUAGUUGGUUCCAAGAGAGUUUAUUCUUCUGUUUGUUUAGGCAUAUAUAUAGACAGCCACUCGAAACCAAGAAGGAAGGCGGGGGAGGAAAGCGGAAGCCGCGGGGCCUUCUAAGUCAGAAAGUCUCCAGAGCUUGCGCCUGGCUAUUUGCGGCGCCCGGCACUUAGACGCGGGUCUUAGAAGCGGACUGGGGAGAAGGAGUUGUUGCCGGAGCCGAGACCGGGCGGCCGGAGACCGCAGGGAUGAACCUCGAGUUGCUGGAGUCCUUUGGGCAGAACUAUCCGGAGGAAGCUGAUGGAACUUUGGAUUGCAUCAGCAUGGCCCUGACUUGCACCUUUAAUAGGUGGGGUACAUUGCUUGCAGUUGGCUGUAAUGAUGGCCGAAUUGUCAUCUGGGAUUUCUUGACAAGAGGCAUUGCUAAAAUAAUUAGUGCACACAUUCAUCCGGUCUGUUCUUUAUGCUGGAGUCGAGAUGGUCAUAAGCUCGUGAGUGCUUCCACUGAUAACAUAGUGUCACAAUGGGAUGUUCUUUCAGGCGACUGCGACCAGAGGUUUCGAUUUCCUUCACCCAUCUUAAAAGUCCAGUAUCAUCCACGAGAUCAGAACAAGGUUCUCGUGUGUCCCAUGAAAUCUGCUCCUGUCAUGUUGACCCUUUCAGAUUCCAAACAUGUUGUUCUGCCGGUAGACGAUGACUCUGAUUUGAACGUGGUGGCAUCUUUUGAUAGGCGAGGGGAAUAUAUCUAUACAGGAAAUGCAAAAGGCAAGAUUUUGGUCCUAAAAACAGAUUCUCAGGAUCUUGUUGCUUCCUUCAGAGUAACAACUGGAACAAGCAAUACCACAGCAAUUAAGUCAAUUGAGUUUGCCCGGAAGGGGAGUUGCUUUUUAAUUAACACAGCAGAUCGAAUAAUCAGAGUUUAUGAUGGCAGAGAAAUCUUAACCUGUGGAAGAGAUGGAGAGCCUGAACCCAUGCAAAAAUUGCAGGACCUGGUGAAUAGGACCCCGUGGAAGAAAUGCUGCUUCUCCGGGGAUGGGGAAUACAUAGUGGCGGGCUCUGCCCGUCAGCAUGCCCUGUACAUCUGGGAGAAGAGCAUUGGCAACCUGGUGAAGAUUCUCCAUGGGACGAGAGGAGAGCUUCUCCUGGAUGUUGCUUGGCAUCCUGUUCGACCCAUCAUAGCAUCCAUUUCUAGUGGUGUGGUAUCUAUCUGGGCACAAAAUCAAGUAGAAAACUGGAGUGCAUUUGCACCAGAUUUCAAAGAGUUGGAUGAAAAUGUAGAAUAUGAGGAAAGGGAAUCAGAAUUUGAUAUUGAAGAUGAAGAUAAGAGUGAGCCUGAGCAGACAGGAGCUGAUGCUGCAGAAGAUGAGGAGGUGGAUGUCACCAGUGUGGACCCCAUUGCUGCCUUCUGUAGUAGCGAUGAAGAGCUGGAAGAUUCAAAGGCUCUGUUGUAUUUACCCAUUGCCCCUGAGGUAGAAGACCCAGAAGAAAAUCCUUAUGGCCCUCCACCGGAUGCUGUCCAAACUUCUUUGAUGGAUGAAGGGGCCGGUUCAGAGAAGAAGAGGCAGUCUUCAGCAGAUGGGUCCCAACCACCUAAGAAGAAACCCAAAACAACCAAUAUUGAACUUCAAGGAGUACCAAAUGAUGAAGUCCAUCCACUACUGGGUGUGAAGGGGGAUGGCAAAUCCAAGAAGAAGCAAGCAGGCCGGCCUAAAGGAUCAAAAGGUAAAGAGAAAGAUUCUCCAUUUAAACCGAAACUCUACAAAGGGGACAGAGGUUUACCUCUGGAAGGAUCAACGAAGGGUAAAGUGCAGGCGGAACUCAGCCAGCCCUUGACAGGAGGAGCAAUUUCAGAACUAUUAUGAAGACCUUGAAGUUCUUCGUUCUUCCCCACUUGCCAUCAGGUGGCCUCUGGACAGUGUGGUCAAUUAUUUGAGAUUGACUUUAAUUUAAAACAAAGGCCUCUGCCUCCCACCCAGGAGGUGGAAGGAGUGAAUUUUAUGUUUGAAUGAAGAAAGUGAAUUAUGGAAGAAGAGUAUAUGUCCCUUACCUUCCCUUUCAAGCGUAAGUCCAAAUAGGCUCUCAGGAAUGAGGAUUUGUGAAGACAUCCAGUAGGAGAUUUGACUCACUUAAACUUCAACACUUGGUUAUGUUGCUGGAGAAAAGAUACUUAUGUUUUGUUCAUCUAGCUAUAGUACCCAGCAUCAUUUUGACACGUCAUUUCCUAUCUCCUGUUUGCCUUCCGUCCUCAAUGCAUGUCCUCGAGUGACUUGUUCUUUUCUGAAAUUUUGUUUCCAGUAUCCUAGGAAAACUUCUGUUGCAUUUUUAAAUGUACCCUAUCCCAGAUAACUCCUGUCCAUAUUGUGUACAAAGGUUGGGCAGAAAAGAGAGUGAGUGAAAGAUCUCAAAUUUACAGGAAAAUAAGAAAGAUAGGAAGGCCCCCUCUUCCUGUCAUACCACAUUUUGCUCAAGAAGCUGGUCCGUAGAAGAUUCAGGGUUUUUCCUUACAUUGCAUGUUUCUUCCAGUAUUGGUUCAGUCUCAUUAAUCAUGGUUUUUGAAGAUAACUAGUUUUAUCCAUCUCCAGCAAAGAAUCAUCAACAAUUUAUAUUACUUUAUCUGUGCAGGCUUCCAGAGAUGGAAACAGACCAAGGUGUUUCUUAACAAGCUUCUUUUUUAUUGGGGUGGGGGAACUUGUGCAAGGACUAAAGUACAAAAUCCCAAAUCAAAGCAGCAAAACAGUUCAAAUCAAAGAUCAAGGUAAAUUUUUUUUGAUUGUUGAGAGUGGAAACCUGUCCCCAUCAGCCAGUGCGUCUUUCCCCUCUUGCAUCCGUGCAUCCAUGCUCCUUUUUCUUACUGUGUUUUCCAGUCACUUCCUUUCUGUGAAAGGUUGCUUAGCAUUUUUUUCCCCUCUUUUUUUCUUUUGCUAUUCUUUAAAUAAAAAGUAGCAGAUUGGAUGGAUGUGUACAUUAGGUGUUUGAAAUUUUCUGAAAAUCCAGUCAGGAAACCAGGUGUAGAAGGGGUUUAGUAGCCUCUCCGAGUAGAACUUUUAGCUGACCCAAAGUGCUUACCCUGGAUCAUCAUUUUCUCAGUAUUUCAAAGGAGAAUUUAAAUACUAUGAUUAUUGGGAAGUCUUUAUCAGUUAGUGAAUGCUCCUUUGGGUAGCCAAACACAUUGAUUAUUUUUAGAUUGUAGGAUAGAAUCAAAGUAGAACACAUCAGUAAGGGCCUCUUUUUCCCAUCCCAUCUUUCAGAAUAUAUAUAUUUUUUAUUUUUCCCAGAAGUCAAAGAAAGAACUCUCCCUGAGUUAGUUGCAAAGAUGUCUCUAUUUUUAGUUGCCACCGCUGCUUCUUUAAGUGCUCAUUUUGUGAAUUUCACGUGAAUUGGAAAGUGGUUAGGGUUGGCAGGUGGUCCGCUGAACAUGUUUCUCUUUUACAGACAUAUCCAUUCCAGCUCUCUGUUCUGCACACUGCAGUAGUAUGGAAACUGAUACAGAGGGUUUCUGCCUUACUCCCAUGUAUGAAAGAGUUUGGUUUCCUCCACCCAUGCAUUUGCUGUUUGUACUCUGUCCACCUGCUUAACUGGCUACUGAGAAAAUCAAAUCCUGUCAGAUUGUUUUGGCAGCAGCUCCUAAUAAUUAUUUAUGGUUUUGGAUU